AAGGGGAGGUGGCGAUCCAAGCGCUGCGCUGCAGUAAGGCGCCAUGACCGGUUCGAAACCUCCUUCCACGGUGGCAAACGGCCGAUAUCAAAUUGAAAAAAAACUCGGAGCAGGCUGCUUUGGUGAGGUCUGGCAGGGAAGGGACAAGCAAACCAACGAGAAAGUUGCGGUGAAGUUUGAGGACUCAGCGGGUCAUGCGCUGCAGCUGGAGCAUGAGCAGACUAUCCUGCAGAUGUUGGCUACGCCAAAGAAGCCUCAGGGCUUUGCGGAGCUGUUCUGGUGUGGCCUGGAGGAGAAAGACAAUCCACGCCAGCAGCGCUUUAUGUGCCUGGUAAUGGAGAUGCUUGGAAAGUCCCUGGAGGACCGUCUGCAGGGGCUGGGUGGACAGGGCGGCAGCCCGCCAAAAUUCAAUGCACAGACAGCCGUGCUGAUUGCUGAGCAGGUGCUGAGGCGUAUUGAGUAUCUCCACUCCAAGGGCAUUGUGCACAGAGACAUCAAGCCCGAGAAUUUCAUGUUUGGCAUCAAGAGCAGGGUUCAUCAUUUGUACCUGAUUGAUUUCGGCCUCAGCAAGAAGUAUUUUGACCAGAAGCAUGUCCAGCUUCAGACGCAGCUCAGCUUGACCGGCACUGCUAGGUAUGCUUCCAUCAACGCGCACAAGGGCGUGGAGCAGAGCAGACGAGACGAUCUAGAGGCCAUCGGCCAUAUGCUGAUGUACUUCCUUCGAGGAUCCCUUCCAUGGUCGGGCCUCGAUGCCAAGACCCAGGAGGAGAAAUACAGGAAGAUCCGCGAAAAGAAAGAGUCGACGCCUUUAGAUGAGCUCUGUGCAGGGCAUCCAGCGGCCUUCAAAGUCUAUUUGCAGACUGCCCGCUCUCUUGGCUUCAAGGAGCGGCCGGACUACGUGGCUCUCAGAAAGCUUUUCUCGGACGUCCGCGCGGAGAUGGGCCCUUUGGAGGACCACAGCUUCCAAUUCCUGGAGGGCAGAGAUCUAGGAACCUUGGAGCCUUUGGAGCAUCUAGAAGUGAGGCAGCCAGAUGACCAGGCUACAUCUAGUGGAUUCUCCUUUUGCUUUUGCGGAAGCAAGUCAGCAGUGCGGGACUAGGUAACUUGGAAGUGGCCGCCAAAGCGCGGACUUUCAACGUGUUUGGGAAUUGCAAAGUCUCUUUUUCUGAGCUGACCGGCCCAGCCAUUUGCCAGCCCCAUUUGGAUUCGACGGAGAAACUUGUUAGUUUUACGUUCAGAAUCAACGGGCGGGCGAAGUUUCAGACUCAUGCAUCGCUGGGAUGCCUACAAGGGCAUAUGUAAUCCGUUGUCAUUCACCAAGCAAUGCCGGUAGUUUCACCGCGACUGGCAAUGUCAAC